CUCCUUUCCACCCACAACUACUACUUCCCAUUCUGCCUUUUCUCCUCCAUUUUUAAACUAAAAAGAAGCAAACAGUUGAAAUAAAUUGAAAACUAAUAAUCAGCAAAAGCAAAAAUAAAAAUGUCAUCAUCAUCUUCCAUUGAUCAACCCAAUGUCAUCACCUGCAAAGCAAUGGUGGCAUGGGAAGCUGGAAAAGAUCUGGUUAUGGAGGAAGUGGAAGUGAGCCCACCUCAGCCUCUAGAAAUUAGGGUUAAAGUCAUUUGCACCUCUCUUUGCCGCACUGACAUUACUGCCUGGGAAUCUCAGGCUAUAUUUCCUCGGAUAUUCGGCCAUGAAGCAUCAGGGAUUGUCGAGAGUGUGGGCGAGGGAGUGACUGAAUUUGUGAAGGGGGACCAUGUGCUUACAGUAUUCACCGGAGAAUGCAAGACGUGCAAACACUGUGAAUCCAAAAAGAGUAACAUGUGCCAAGUUUUAGGCUUAGAAAGAAGAGGUGUGAUGCACAGCGAUCAGGGUACGCGUUUCUCGGUUAAAGGGAAACCCGUUUAUCAUUAUUGUGCAGUUUCAAGUUUCAGUGAGUAUACGGUCGUGCACUCUGGAUGUGCCGUUAAAGUCAGCCAGCAGGCACCUCUGGAGAAAAUAUGCCUACUGAGUUGCGGAGUAGCUGCAGGUCUUGGUGCAGCUUGGAAUGUUGCUGAUAUCUCUAAAGGAUCAAUCGUGGUGAUUUUCGGACUCGGAACUGUAGGCCUCGCUGUUGCUCAAGGUGCCAAACUUAGGGGAGCAUCUCAGAUAAUUGGUGUUGAUAUUAAUCCCGAAAAGUAUGAAAAAGCAAAGUGUUUCGGAGUCACGGACUUCUUGAAUCCCAACGAGUAUAACGAACCUAUUCAACAGGUUAUUAAGCGAAUAUCCGGUGGAGGGACGGAUUACUCCUUCGAAUGCAUAGGCAACACCGGAAUGGUAACAACUGCACUGCAAUCGUGCUGUGACGGAUGGGGUUUAACAGUUACGCUCGGUGUACCAAAAACGAACCCGGAAAUAGCAUCUCAUUAUUCAGCAUUUCUUUCUGGGAAAACAUUGAAAGGGUCCCUAUUUGGAGGAUGGAAACCUAAAUCUGAUCUUCCUUCAUUAGUAAACAAGUACAUGAACCGGGAAAUACAGGUUGAUGAGUUCAUCACACAUAAUCUGCCAUUUGAGGACAUCAACAAAGCUUUCACUCUGAUGAGAGAAGGAAAAUGCUUGCGAUGUGUCAUUCACAUGCCAAAUUAGUUUUCCAUUUAUGGGAUUGUAUCAAUAAAUGUGGAAAUCUCCCUAACUUGGGCAAUUCGUGUACUUUAUUUAUAUUUUAUACAAAUUUUAAUAUUUGUAUAUGUAUUAUGUUUGUGUAACCUUUUCCUAUUGUAUUUUUUAUCAUGUUAAUAUUAUUAUUUUGACUGAGUUAAUUUCACAAA